GCUUGUCUGGAACCACUGCCGCCCUAGGUUUGAAGGAUGGCAUCCUAUCUUCCCUCUUUCCUCUUCCAUCAAAACACACGACCCCAUCACCCUCGUGGCCCUGCCUCCUUCGACCUCGCCCCGCCAUGUGCCCCUGCAGUCUCGCACCACCGCUUCGCCCCCUUAAAUACCACGCCACACCUGCGCCCGUCCUCCAACAACACACGCUAGCUUCAUACAUCAAAGUCUCAAACACUUCUUCCCUUCCCUGCAUUGCAAGAUUGCAGCUGCUAGGUACGUCGUUGAUCGAAGAUGGCGCAGUCGGCGAGCCUGAAGCAGAUCCUGAGGCGGUGCUCGAGCCUGGGGAGGCGGCAGCAGGACGUGGGCGUGCCCAGGGGUCACUUCCCGGUGUACGUGGGCGAGAGCCGGUGCCGGUUCAUCGUGCCCAUCGCGUGCCUGGAGCACCCGCAGUUCCUCGUCCUGCUGCGGAUGGCCGAGGAGGAGUUCGGCUUCGACCACGACGCUGCCAUCACCCUGCCCUGCGACGAGGCCUUCUUCGAGGCGCUCCUCGCCUCCCUGACACUCCGGUGAUCGACCGACCCACCGGGCAUUGUUGGCCGGUGUCGAAGAUGACGCACGGCAUUGAUUGAAAUUUGGUAGUGGGCGGCGGGAGGCUGACCCGCGGGUGCUGGCGCUCUGCUUGAAUUUGCCGGUGGUUCGUCGGGUUCGAUCAUUCCAUUCCCGGGAAUGUAGCAGAAUUGAUGCUGUAGUAGCGAGCCUAAUGUUGUAGAUACUGUCAUGACGGUUUUGAUUGAUUUGUUCCUCGAAUGGCUUUUAUCAGUGAAGGAGAACAAAGCUAAUUAAUUCCCUCAAACUUGAUUCUCGAGUUCUACAGAAAUUAUCACUCCUGACCAGUCACGGUUCACAAACAUAUAUAUAACAAAUCUAAGAGUAAAUUUCUCCAGAGGAACCUUGACUUUGCGGACCAUUCAUGUGGAGUUAUGCAGAAAAAGACGUCAUACGGGCAGGAGACCAUGAGCUGUGGGCGU